UGGUUAUGAUGUUAUUUAACUGAAGAAAUAGUUGUAUUUCUUCAAUUACAUUCAAGAACACGGGAUAGUACACUGGUGGGAAGGAAAGUUGACGAAUCCCAAUACAUCUCACUGUUGAAGGUUACGAUUAUUAUGAUGUCUAACGCGUGUGACUGACCACCUUAGUAGAUAGAUAGCCCAGGGGAAGCACCGAGUUAGAAACGAACCAGAGCAGAAUAAGCCCAAGAAGAAAAAUAACUAGCUUAUUUAGAGAUCAACUACAUAUUAUCUGAAGUGAAUAUAUCAAAACACAAUGUAUAAUUUCGUUUCGCCAAAACCAGAAGAGAUGGACAAUUUAACAAAAUGGGAAAACAGUAUGAAUAUAUCAUUUUCAAAUGAAACCAAACACAUGAAGGAGGGCCACGAAGGCCCUGUUGCUGCGGUGCUAUUUUUCAUUUUUUGUAGUUGUGCACUUGGAGCACUUGUGAGACAAAUUGUACAGAGUAUUCCAGUAAGGUUACCUUACACUGUUGUUCUGUUGUUACUGGGAGUACUAUUUGGUCUUGUGUCCAAGGCAGUACCACAAGUUCACCUUUAUGCAUCCAUUGUGGAAACAGAUCCACAUCUUAUUCUUCAUGCCUUCUUACCUGUUCUUAUAUUUGAAUCAGCAUUCGCGCUGGAAAUACACACCUUUAAAAAAACUUUCGCACAAGUUUUAUUAUUAGCUGUACCUGGUCUAGCUCUCUCAUCAUUUCUCAUCUGUAUUAUGUCUCGAUACUUAUUUACCUAUCAAUGGACUUGGACUGUUGGCAUGGUGUUUGGUUCCAUAUUAAGUGCUACAGAUCCAGUUGCUGUAGUAGCCAUUUUGAGAGAAGUCGGUGCCUCCAAACAGUUAUCAAUGGUAAUUGAAGGUGAAUCUUUGUUAAAUGAUGGAGCUGCUAUUGUAUUUUUCAAUAUAUUUUUAACACUUUGUACAUCAGAAGUUGGACUAUCAGGUGGUGAUAUUGUUUUAAACUUUGUACAAGUUGCUAUAGGUGGUCCAGCAUUCGGUUUAGUGAUGGCGAAGAUUACAUUAUUUUGGUUGUCAAGAAUAUUUAAUGAUGGCUUAUCAGAAAUAACUAUAACUCUUGCUUCUACAUAUAUCACUUUUUAUGUAGGAGAACAGUUUUUAGGAGUAUCUGGAGUAUUAGCUGUUGUUGUAUUAGGUGUUGUUAUGAGUAGUAAGAGAACCAGUAUCAGUCCAGAAGUUGAAGAAUUCUUGCAUAGAUUUUGGGAGACAUUGGCUUAUCUUGCUAAUACUCUGAUUUUUAUUCUGGUUGGAGUAGUAAUCUCAGAAAAAGCUAUUUUUAGAAUACAUGGUAUAGAUUGGUUCUAUAUGUUUGCAUUAUAUUUCGGUCUUCAAGUUAUUAGAGGAAUUAUGAUAGCAUUAUUAAGUCCUAUAUUAAGACGAAUAGGAUAUGGUCUGACCUGGCAGGAAGGUAUUAUAAUGACAUGGGGUGGUUUACGUGGGGCUGUAGGUCUAGCUUUAGGUCUAUUAGUCUGGGAAGAAGAAUCUUUAGACUUAGAAAGCAUUCGAUUAAAGAUGUUAAUCCAUGUAUCGGGUAUUGUGUUUUUAACAUUACUGGUAAACGCCACAACAGUCCCCCAUGUUCUUAAAUUAUUAGGAAUGAAUGAUGUUUCACCAGCUAAGCGUAUGGCUAUGGCUAGUGCUUUACGAUAUUUAGAAGAACUACGACAGAAAACAUUCAACAUGCUGAAAACAGACAGAUUUUUGGCAGAUGCUGAUUGGGAAAUAGUAGAGAAGUCCUGUUUAAUAAAUGACCCAUAUAAAACAACAGAAGAUGAGAUUGUCUUAGAAGAAUCAAUGGAUAUUAGACCCAAUGCUAUCUGUCCAGAUUGUGAUGCAUGUUUACCAUCGCAGCCAACUCGUAAAGAACUAAGAGAUAUGACUAAUGAAGCUGUACUUCGACUUCUCAAAGCGGAGAAAUUGAGUUAUUGGAGACAAUUUGAACAAGGUAUGUUAUCUAGAGAAGCAGUACGUAAAUUACAAGAAUGUACUGAAGUUUCUGCUGAUAAAAAGGGAAAGUUUAUAGAUGUUGAAGAAAUUAAGAAAUCAUGGGAAGUUCCACAAUAUCUUAUAAAUAUUAAACGAAGAUUAAAACAGAUCAUCCGUGUGGAUGUUGUGAAAGAGCCAACUUCUAAAAUAUUAAAGACCUUAAUGCAUAUAACUGAAGCAAAAGUUUUCAGUAUAAUUGUGUACUGUACUAUUGCUAUGGAUAUAAUAAAUUCAAGUCUAAGUGUUGUGUGUAUUUAUAAUGAUCCCUGGAAAGAGUUUCGACAUAUAAUGAAUGUCUUUAAUGUUAUAAUGGUUUUUGUCUAUUUUUUGGAAGUUAUCAUAAAGUUAAUAGUUCAAGGAAAACUGUUUUUCCGUAAUGUGUGGCAAGUUUUAGGAUCUUUGGUUAUUAUACAUGGAACUGUUGAUAUUGUUCUACAGUUUGCACUAGCACCACUAGAAGAUGGAACUAACACAGUUAUUAAAACUGUAUUAGUUUCGAUGAUAGCUAUUAGAUCUAUUAGGCUGUUGAGAUUUAUUGAGCCACUCUUGCCGUCAGUAUUAAUGGAAGUAAAGAAUAGAAUAAGUUUGCAUCUCAGUUAUGGUUAUGAUCUGGGGCGUGGUUUUGUUGCUGGAGAAGAAGAAGUACGUAAACUGAUUGAUCAUAUGGUGGAUAGUAAAGAUAUAGCUAAACAGUUAAAACAUCAUUGUGAUUCCUCUAAGUUGGAUGUAAUUAGAUGUUUAGGUCUUCUACAGAAACAACAUCCUGAUAUAGCUUUAUCAGUUAAAACACGACAAGCUAUAAGAAGUGUAUUAAACAAUCUACGUGAUGGUAUACGGGAACUACAUGAAGAUGGUGUAUUAAUAGAAUCAGAGAGAGACAAGUUACAAAAGAUGGUAGAAGUACAGAUGAAGUUAUUAUUAAGUGCACCACCAAGUAUACCAAUACCAGCACCCGAUAAACUAUUAAAUAACGUUACCUGGUUACAGAAUGAUCAACAACUCAUAGAAUAUUUCAAGAAUCGAGCAAAAUUAGAAAGCUAUAAUUAUGAUGAAGUUAUAUUAAAAGAAGGAGAUCCAACCCAGGGAAUAUAUAUCAUUGUUUCUGGUUUAGUCAGGCUUGAAACAAGUUUUAAUCAUACAAGAUCUAGUGUUAGUGUAACAGGGAUGACCGAGAAUAAAUUAAUGGAUUUUAUGACAACUGGUAAUAUUAUUGGAGAAAUGGGAUUUUUAACACAUAGAACUAGAAUGGCUAGUGUUAAAUGUGAAACAGCAGUUCAGCUGCUGUUUAUUAGCUCAGAGGUGAUGGAAGAAGCUUUUGAUGAGUUUGUUGAAAUUGAACCCUCUUUAGAAUACAGAUUAUGGAAAGUUUGUGCUGCUAGACUUGCUGUUGGUGUAUUAAUGGAGCAACCAGGCUAUCAGGGUUUAACUAAAGAAAAGAUCAAGUUAAGAUUAGAAACAUCAUAUCUUGUAUCAGUAAAUGAAUCAAGUACAUUCUGUAUUGAUUCUAGUAUGGCAGAUGUAGUUCUUGUUCAUGGUUAUGCUCAAAAUGCUUAUACAAGAGAACAGUUUGUUGGACCAUGUUAUAUACCUUGGACUGUUUUAAAACUCAAUUUACAGACAGAUAAAAUAGCUCGGCCUAUAAUAUUGGUAGUACCAAGUGAGUUAGGUCAAUCUGUACCUGCGGAACGUAGACAGUCAUUCCAUGAUGUAAGAAAGGAACAUGGUCCAUAUCUCUCCUCUGUAAAUAGACUAUGUCUUAGACAUGCUUCUGUACAUAGACACGAUGUGACUAGUACAUCAGACAAGAAACCAAUUAGUCAAAGACACAGUAUGUCACAAUAUGUUACGGGAAGACGAGGUUCGAAUAUGGAUCUCUUCAACCCCAGUCAUACAAGAUUACCUUCAUUAGCAUUAAGAAAAGAUAGUUUAGGGGUUGGUGCUCCACUAGGUAAGAGAAUGUCUACACCAGCUUGUAUAGAGACACAUCAACGAGAACGACUGCUAUCAACAGGCUCAGAUAAUGCCUUUAAGUCGCCAGACUGCAAGGAACAAACACCUAAAACAAGUAUUGAUAAUUCCAUUUUAGAUCCCGCUAGUAUGCCGACUAAUCGUUUAAAUACUCGACGCGGAUCUGACUUAUCUCAUGUUUUACCAACCAUACUACAAGAAGAAGCGGAAGCAGAUGCAGGAACUACUGUGCUAUUUCAAGACCCAAAAGACAGAAAUUCCAUCGAUACCGCAGCUGAAAACCAAAAUACAUCCAAUAUAAAAACUGAUACUAAUGAAACUAUUCAACUUAAACCAUAUAAUGCCCGAGGCCUAUUGAAGUUUGACCUCAACUCACAAAGCUCCCAGCUUUUGUUCCAGAGAUUACGUACUUGCGACGUAGAUGGUAAUUCUGAUAGUGAUUCUAUAAAAGAUAGCAUUGGGGAGGGACGUGAUAGAAAUAGUAGUAGCGUCGAAGAUAAUAAUGAAGUUGACUCUGGUUCAAACGGAAAAACAGCUUUAUCAAGAGCUGUUGGCAACUGUGAUCCCGGAGAUGAUUAUUAUAAAUCGUGGCGUAUUGGUGGACGUAAGUUGAGCCGUUUCUUUAGUGAUACAGAUAGAGAUGAUCUCUUGUCUUAUUCAUCGACUGAUUCGAUGCAGGGCACUGAUGAUGAAGUAUCAGAUGAUGAAGUACAUGAUAAUCUGGCUGUUGUAGAUGAUGAUGGUAAUAUUAUACCAUCUCCCAAGAAAACACAAUUCCUCAAUAAUCUGAAUUCCAUAGAUACAGAAGAUUAUAAUCAAAGAACAAGAAAGGCAGGUAUAGAACAAGCAGCAGGAUCGUUUAUUUUACAAAAUAUAGAAUCAGAAGAAGAAUUCCACACACCGAUUUCAAAUCCAACACCUACAAAAUCUUUAGGUACAGUCGAAUCUAAUAUGCCUCUUCCAAUUCAACUUACACCUCCAAAAUCUUUAAGUUCUACUGAAUCUAGUACACCUCUUCCAAAUUUAUCACCCCGAAGAUCGUUAGGUUCUAUUGAAUCAAGUGCUACCUUGUCUAAUCCCACUAGCGUUGAGGACAUCAAACUAACAUUAACAGAUGAAAUAAAGGACCAAACUCUUGAAUCCAAACAAUUGUGAAAAUAUCCUUUUUAUGUGAGAAAACUUUGUGAAGAGAUUGUUCAUUCUGGAAAAUACCAUUUUUGACAUAUGAUCAGGCUUUAGGAUUAUGUUCACAGAUUGAGAAAAAUUUAUUUUCAUGAAUUAUUAUGAUUUUUGUUGAAAUUCAUGGUAGGAUAAAAUCAUUUAAUGUCAUAUUUUACAUUUAUGUACAUUGUAUUUACAUUUAUGUAGAUUGCAAUUACAUCAUGUGCAUUGUAAUAACAUUGUAUAAAUUUGUAUCUACUUUGCAUAAUGUACAUUGUAUUUACAUGUAUGUUUAUUGUAAUGACAUCAUGGUCAAAUGUUGUAUUUACUUAUGUAGUUACAUAAUGUACAUUGUAUUUAUAUGUAUGUUUAUUUGUAAUUACAUAAUGUCCAUAUUAUUUACAUGUAUGUUUACUGUAAUUACAUAAUGCCCAUUAUAAUUACAUAUAUGUUUAUUGUAAUAACAUAAACAAUGUAUUUACAUGUAUGUUUAUUGUAAUUACAUCAUGUCCAUUUUACAUCAUGGACAUUGUAUUUUCAUUCUAUUUUGAUAGACAUACAUGUAAUUGGAAAUGAGUGAAUGAACAUUCUAGGUUUUUAUAUUAAAAAAAACCUCCUGUGAUAAACAUGUAUUUGGUUUGUAAAUAUUCAUUUCUCAUAAUGACUUGUACAUAUUGUAUACACAGGGUCGGCUUUAAACAAAUUCCUCCCAUUUGCACCCUGUACUUCAGGGAGGGGGGGGGGGCGCUAGGAUGUUUGUUCUAGCCUUGUCAAAUAAAACCAAUUUGUAGUGUAGGGUUGAAAGUACAUUUUUAAUAGAAAGUAGGCAUUUCUGUUCACUUUUUAUGAAUCAUUUCACUAAAGCCGACAUUGUUAUCCUGGGAGCCCUCAAGGAAUUUUCCAGUUGAGCUCCUUAGCUCCUAAAGGUGGUCCUGUAUAUACAUGUAUAUAUAGAAAUGGAAUUUAUUUAUGUUAAUAAAUUGUGUGCAAUUUUAAAUAAU